AUGCUCCGGCUGCUCUCACUCGCCUUCAGCGUCGCCGGACUGCUCACAGCUAUCACCGGCGCGACAGCCCUGGGCCUCAACCCGAACAAGAGCAACUGCGCUGUCGUCCUCGAGAACGGCCGGCUGGUCAACAUCUUUGCCAAGAACAAGCGGACAUGGGCGUGGGACUACCUCCCUUCGGCGGAUGCCUCUGGCGGGACAGUCCACCUCAGUGAGACCGAUUCGCCAGAAGACGGCGCCUGGCACGUCGUGCAAGCGCAAGGAAUGAACAGCUCCGUCAUCACCCUAAACCUCGCCAGCGACGAGGAGAGCUUCCAGUGCAUCCGGGUCACGGGCAAGAACCGCCUCGCAACGACCGGAGCCUGCAGUCUCGAAAAAUCGCAGUUCACCAUCUCGUGCGAGUCGUGCGCACCGCUGUCAACCUCGCUCACAACCGGCCUCGCUCUCGCUUCCGGCUGCCAACUCCGGUCCGUCGCCAGCCCGACGCAAUGCCUCUCAACCAUCUCGCCUACAGCCGACUCGCCUUGGAAACUGUCGGCGAUCGGAACGCGGACGUGCGCUGGGCUGAGGGGAUGGGGACAGCUUUGGGAUCUCGUCGUCGCAUGA